ACAUCAUGAGCAAAGCACACCCUCCCGAGUUGAAGAAAUUUAUGGACAAGAAGUUAUCAUUGAAAUUAAAUGGUGGCAGACAUGUCCAAGGAAUAUUGCAGGGAUUUGAUCCCUUUAUGAAUCUUGUGAUAGAUGAAUGUGUGGAGAUGGCAACUAGUGGGCAACAGAACAAUAUUGGAAUGGUGGUAAUACGAGGAAAUAGUAUCAUCAUGUUAGAAGACUUGGAACGAGUAUGAACAAUGCCUGUGUUCACCAGAGAAAU